GUCCAUAAACAAACCCCCUCACCAAAACGCCGCACUCUCAAUUGACGCAGCAUGAAGGAGCGGUGACUCCAGCCUUCCAAACCUCGACACGGGCAACAUGUCACACUUCCCACGAUCGCCCGUCGCGGGCGGGCCCGGCAUGAACCACAUCAUCAGCUCACUGAAAGCGGUGCAGAUGAGCAGCACGGGGACCAGCAAAGCGGUGCUGCCCGCAGAGAUCAUCGCGUCGAUUCUGGACUACCUGCCGGUGGCGGACCAGCUGGUGUUCGCGCGGACGUCGACGCGCAUGCGCGAGAUGGUGUACGAGGACUCGCGGUGGGUGCGGCGGCUGAAAGCGAUGGGGGUGUGGAGUGAUGGGGAGGCGCGGCGGCGGUUCGAGGAUGCGCUGAGGAAGAGGAGGGAGAUGGCGAGGAUUAAGGCGGAGGAGGAGGGGAAGAGGAUCGGCAUUGGGGUUGGUGGGAGGACGAUGCCGACGAGCACGACGUUGUUUGAUGCGGGCGUGGAGGAGGAUCGCUUGAGGAGGUCGGCUGAGUUGAAUGAGAGAAUUGCAGCGAGGGCGGAGGCGGAUGGGUUGGAGAGCUUGACGAUGUCGCCGCCGCUUUCGUCGAGGGGCGGGGCGACGAGAGCCCCGAUGCUGAACGCGGAGGAUCUGCUGAAUGUGUUUGCGGAUGUUAAAUCCAUUAGGGGGUCGGCGAGGGUCGAGUAUGGGAAGAUAUACGCGGCGUUGGCGCCGUUCUACUUUGAUCUGGUGCGGUCGAAGAGCCAUAUGGAUCCUAUUGUUUUCAGGGUCUAUCGAGAUCCGGAGCAGCAAGCCCGGAUGUUAUCGCAUCUACAAGUGUUUGCCAAGAGUGAUUGGGCACAGGGGUGGAGACAGCGGGAAGAAAAGCUGGAGACUAUGGUUGGGAUAUUUGAGAACGCUGUCUUACGAGAGUUUGAGCAAGGCUAUGAAGCUUGGGAUAUUGACGGCAGAAUGCGUCGAUAUGCUCAUGUCCUCGGCGUGCUGAAUGGGGGCCAUGCAGGGAUAGAGCUAUUCGUGCAAAAGCAUCCCAUUUUCUCGGAUCGAGAAGUACUUCGUAAUUCAAUGGAUUGCCUCAACCAAGCUCCCUCAGGGGGUAUAUCCCUCGAUCCGUCUCGCAGCUUUCUGGCGAAUCUUUCGAAGGAGUUGAACAAGCAGGCAGAUAUAAUCGACCGGGUAUUCCCAGAAGGGGAGGAUGUAUUGCAGAUACUUCUGGACAAGGUGGGAGAGGAUAUUCUGAUGGAAUAUGACACUGCUCUCUUUGACGAAGCGCACGCACGAAGUAUACCUUCGUAUUUAAAGGCAGUCUCGGGCAUUUUCGAGCAGACUAUGCAAUUUGGCCUAAGCCUGAAACCCUCAAGAAACUCGGGCGAUGAUUUCCUCGAGAAAGUCAAGAUGGUUGUUUCCAAGGUCUUCGAACCACAUGUGGAUCUGUAUCUACAAGAAGAGCUUGAUUAUUUCAAGGGCCUGGCAGAGGCUGAAGUGGGGAAUUGGGAGAAUAAGCUUUCGGAACAAGAAGCUACGACGGAAUCAUUCUUCAUGGCAAAUUUCAAUCGACAGGCAGACAAGAAAGACUUUCUGAGCUCCUUCAAGAAGGUAAUCAUGAUGCCAGUGAACGUUCUACCCAGCUUACCGCUCUCGUCUCCAUUUGCUGCCAGCAAACCUACGCCUACACCAACGAUAGCAAGCUCGGCCAGCUUGACUCCCGCUGCGAUAUCCCCCGCCCCUUCGAGAUCACCAUCUCCAGGGGUGGUCCCGGGUGAUAGAACUGGAUCACCACUCCCUGCUGAGGCUCCAACAGAUGAACUUGCUGCCAAAGCCGCUCUGAUGGCUUCAAGGCUUGAGGGUAUCCGGUCUUUAUUCAGCAUCGAAGUUGCAUUAAAUUUGACUCAUGCUGCCAAAGCUAGUAUUGAAAGGGCGGCGCUCUUUGUCCGUCUUGGAGGCCAGACCGGGGAGGAAGCUCGAGAGCAGUGCGAGGCGAUUUUCGUUGACCUUCUUCAGAUUCUUGGAAACCGGCAUGUGAAGAGCGGAUUCGAUAAAGCCGUAGAGCACCUCUCAAAAUACAACCCGCGGGAGGUCAGCGAGCAUCAGCAGGGUGUGGCACCCCUGGUCACCUUCUUGGAACUUGUGAAUGUUGGGGACUUAAUUUCCCAGAUGAUAGACGUCUUCUAUGAACAGCAACUCGCUGCCACCAAGCUAGCUGAUCGAAACGACUUCCUCGAUCCAGCUGGCAAAGCCAAGAAGAAAUUCGAGCAGAUGCUCGACGAGCGUGUAGCCGCCGGCUUGAACAAAGGCAUCGACGUCCUGAUGGACGAAGUCGAGUACGUCUGCGCCACGCUCCAGCCGCCCACCGACUACAACCCGCAGCCGGAUGCGAACAGCAGCGCGGUCGACAUGGACAUCGGACCGACCAAGGCCGCCGAGCAGGUGGUUACGAUAGUCGAGGCGCACACCAAGAUGCUGGUUGGCAGCACAGACAAGAACAUGCUGGAUGUCUUCAACCAGGAAGUCGGCCUGCGCCUCUUCGCGGCGCUCUGCAAGCACCUCAAGCGCCAGCGCAUCUCGACCGACGGCGCCGUCAAGUUGAUUUCCGACAUGAACCUCUACUUCGGCUACAUCCGCACCCUGCGCAACCAGGACCUGCUGCAGUACUUCAAGGCCCUGCGCGAGCUGAGCCAGAUCUACCUCAUCGACCCGAAGCACGCCAAGGAGAUGGCCACCAUCAUCGCCGACGGCGAUCGCUUCCAUGGCAUCUUCCGCGCCGAAGAGGUUUAUGAGUUUGCGGAGCGGAGGGCCGAUUGGUAUUCGGUGCGGAGGGAUGUCGAGCGCGCCAUGUAUGGGAUUGGCUGCUUGGCUAUGUGAGUAAAUGACAGUGGAGGAAGGUUCUUGAUCAUCGUAUAUAGUGAUUAGUGAUACCAUAUAUAAUGUUACGAAGUUGGCUCUCUGCAGGAGUCAUGAUUCUCUGGAACCUAUUCAACGACUUUUUUUUGGGUCAAAUUUGACAUGCCGAACACCACCAUGUAUAUGUAAUGCACCCCUAGAACGCCCUAUAUCUCUGUCCCCCGCCUUGGUAUAUAACAUUUCCCCUUACUUCAAACUCGAAAAGUCGAGUUUCCGCGCUACCUUCGUCCCGCGCUCAUCAUCCAAGAUGCCUGGCCUCCUCUUCAAAUCCUCCGUAACCUUCUCCUCCCCUCCCUUCUUCCUCGGCAAGU